AUGGCUGAUGGCAUCGGCCAAGUGGUCUCGUGGUACAUAUGUACGGUGGCUGCGGUUCCUUUCGUAGUGCUGAGGGUGUACACCCGGUGGACCAAGUUCGGCGGUCUCGCCAUCGAAGACGCCCUCAUCGUCCUGGCUUUUCUGUGUCUGAUCGGCGACCUGGCCAUCCAGCAGCACAUGUGGAACUUGGGACUCGGUAACAUUGCUACGGUGACUCCAGAGAACCUCAAAGGUAUCAUGCAGAUGAUCGUACCUGGGUCCUUCCUGUAUGUGGCAUCUCUGUGGGCUGUCAAAUUCGCGCUUGUGCUGUUCUACAAGCGCCUUGCCGUACCUGGCUCGAGAUUAGUCACAGUAUACAAUGUCGCCCUGGGUGGACUGGCUGUCACGUUUCUCAUCAUCAUCUUCGACAUCUUGUUCCAGUGCUAUCCAUACAACAAGCGAUGGUCUGCGGAUCCGGACUAUCAAUGCGAUCCGAAAGCUGCUCAAGCAAACUACUGGAUUACAAUACUCUUCAAUAUCAUCUCUGAUGCUAUCAUCAUCUCGCUCCCGAUCACCAUGGUCAUGAGGCUGCAAAUGAAAUUGAAGCAGAAGCUCGGUGUGGCCGCUGUGUUUGCGCUUGGUAUCUUCGUGAUCAUCUCAAGCAUCAUCCGGGCGUACUACUCCCACCUCAACGAGACGAUGUUGACUUGCACUGUAUCCAUGGUCGAAACCGCUAUAGCUAUCAUUGCGUCGUGCCUACCAGCCUUGCGGUCUAUGUUCAUUGGAGGCAACACACAGAACGUGACAAGCAGCUACGGCAAGCACUACGAACUCACGUCGGGCCAACGCAAGACUAACAAUACCCUAAAUGGACACACUGCCACACAUGAUUCAGAGGACUCGCUCGUCACUGCCAAUAUGCCAGUCGAGUCUGGUUCACCAAGCUGCUCAAACGAAAAGGGCUGCAUCCACGUCGAAACGACGAUUGCUACGCACUUUGUCGAAGACGGUGCGAGCGCAAAAUCGGCGCCACGACGUUAG